AUGAGCGGAGCACCAGAUCUCGGCGCUGUUCCAGAUAGUAUCACCACCAAGGACGAGUAUGAGACAUGUCUGGGAAAGCUUUCCUUCCGCGACGGACUCCCAGAUGAUGACACAGUCCAGAAGGUCUACGACAACCUGGAUAGAUCCCGGGGCGUGAGUGCCUUCCUGGAUAUGGUGCCUUUAGCGUCGCUGGAGGCUAUGCGCCGUGGCUUGGUAGAGAGCGGCAUGGAUGCGGCGAACAAGAUUAUGAUAUUCGAGACUCUCAUGGACUGCAGCAGCCUCUUCCUCACGGGCAACACUGACACAGUUUACGCAACGGGCCUGCUCAAUCUUCAGCGGGAUGGACCUACCGUCGUCGAGAUGCCCCCUGGCGUGGGGCCCUGUACAGUAGACGAUGCAUUCUUCCGCUUCGUCACUGACAUGGGCGGUCCCGGCCCAGACCGUGGGGCGGGAGGGAAAUAUUUGAUCCUGCCCCCUGGCUACAAGGGCAGCACCCCAGAAGGUUAUUACAUCGCCACAUCGCCGACUUACACGAAUUGGUUCGUCGGUCGGGGCUUCCUUCGCGAAGGCAAGCCAGAUCAUGCAGCCGCAGAGUGGCGAGACAAGCUCAAGGUCUACCCGCUGUCUGCUUCUGGCAAUCCGCCUAAGAUGGAGUACUUAAACAUCUCCGGCAGGGUGAUGAACACGAUUCAUGCGAACGACUUCAGCUUCUUCGAGGAGGUGAAUGCCGUCAUACAGUAUGAGCCGAUCGAUUUCUUAGAGCCAGAACUCAGGGGCAACCUUGCCGCCAUAGGCAUCAUGAAGGGCAAGCCCUUCCAGCCGGACGAAAGGAUGAAAGCACUCCUCACGGAGGCCGCCGUGAUCGGCAACGCGACUUCUCGAGCCAUAUCUUUCGCGCCCAGGGAUAAUCCGGAAAUCUACGAAAACAGCGAAUGGCAGAGCCUUUUCCAGGGAGGUGACUACCAUUGGCUGGGUCAUGGGGGUGCAGGAGGUCGGAACAAAGAUGCAAGAACGAGGUUCUUUUAUGUUGCCACUGUGAACAGCGCAGCGAUGAUCCUGAAGAUGGUUGGUGUCGGAUCACAGUAUGCGAUGGCAAGCCGGGACUCGGAGCACAAGUACUUGGAUGGAGCAAAAACCUACAGUCUCACACUGCCGCCCAACGUGCCAGCAAAAGACUUCUGGUCUUUGGUGGUCUACGACACACAGACACGCUCUAUGCUCAAGACGAAACAGCGCUUCCCAAGUCGCAACUCCGUAGCCCAUGCAGCCGAAAUCAAGCAAAGCCCAGAUGGCUCCACGACUGUUUGGUUUGGCCCGUCUGCACCGCCUGGCCACGAAGGGAACUGGAUUCAGACGGUACCUGGAAAGAUGUGGUUCCUGCUAUUGCGGCUUUACGGCCCUUUGGAACCCUGGUUUGACAAAACCUGGCGGCCUGGUGAGAUUGUCGAAGUAGUCGAACCGGCAGCAAAAGCAGCACGAACAAGCUGA